AUGCGCCUCCUUACGGACGACGCUGCGUGCGGAGCCCCGAUCGAGAUGGACGGCGAGUACGACCACCCGAUGCACUAUGCCGCUGUCGGCAUCAUCUUUGCGGCCUCGCUGCUCGGCAGUAUGCUCCCGGUCGUGAGCUCGUUCGUCGCGUGCCUCCGCAAUAGCCGGCGCGCGAUCGAGGUCCUCAACUCGUUCGGCUUUGGCGUCGUCAUUGCCACCGCCUUUAUCCACAUGAUCCCGCCCGCCAUGGCCACCCUCAGCGAUCCAUGCCUCGGCGUCGAGUACAGCGGGCUCGCGAUGGUCGUCGUGCUCGCGACCAUCUACGUCAUGCAGCUCCUUGAGACGGAGCUUGUGAUCCUCAUGUCCCGCGGCCACGUUGUCGACGAAGACGCCGUCAUCUUGCAGUCGGGGAAGCACAGCUUUGGCUACGCCGACCAUACAUCGUCCGAGCUCUCGGGGCAUGGCCACCUCGCGCACGGCCACGGGCGCCUUGUCGCAGGCAACUCGGCGCUGCGGCAGAAGAUUACUGUCGCCAUCUUCGAGGUGGGUGUGGCGAUUCAUUCGGUCAUCAUCGGCUUUGAACUCGGCGUGACGUCCGGUGCAACGUUCACGACGCUGCUCAUUGCGCUUUGCUUCCACCAGUUCUUUGAAGGCAUCGCUGUCGGCACGUCGGCGGUCUCGGCCUUUACGAGUCUGCGCGCGUCGCUCUUUACGGCCAUGGGGUACUCGAUCACGACGCCGCUCGGGAUUCUUGUCGGCAUCCUCGUCUCGGGCUCGUACAGCGAGACGUCGAUGGUGUCGCUCUGGGUCCGCGGCGUUCUGGACGCGGUGGCUGGUGGCAUCCUCGUCUACACGGGUCUCGUCGAGCUUCUUACGUACCAGUAUACGAUCAGCCCCGAGUUCCAUGCGCGACCGACGUGGGGCCGGUCCUUCAACUACACGGCGCUAUACCUCGGGUCGGCUGCCAUGGCCGUUGUUGGCCUGUAUGCAUAA